GACCUAUCAUUCUUUGUAAUGUGGUGUACAAUUGUACAAAUUGGUGGCGCAAUGCAUUGCUAACAAGUUAAAAUUUCUAAUGUCGCAUUUGGUCAAACCUAAUAAAUCUAGCUUUGUUUCAAAUUGCCACAUCACUGAUAACUUUCUUGUUUUUUAGGAGACAAUGCAUUCGAUGGCAAGAAAAACUUUUCAUGUAUUCUCCCUCUUCUGUUGAAGAGGGUUUUGCAAGUUUUAGCUAUGAGUAGCAAAAAUACCCUUCUCUCCACUUUGCUAAAUCUCAUCUCCAUUAGGAGUGGGCAUCUGGUUCGGUUUUAAGUCUCUGAAACGAACCAAACAGAAACCGAACUGACCGAAACCGAAUUUUCCACUAUUCGGAUGAAAAAGGCUCUUAAUUCGGGAUACAGGGUCUGUCAACCGAACCUGAAAAUUCGAGUUCCAAACCGAAAACCAAAAAUUGCAACACAACCAAAUUAAUCCCACCACUACCUUGGCCCAACGAAAUAAUAAAGCUACUAGGUGGGCCAAGCCCAAACCCUUUGCAACUGUUGUCUUCCAAUAGCCCACCCCGAAACCCAUACCUCUCAAUUUUCAACAGAAAAACCCAAUCAAACAUAACCCUAAAGCAACCUAAUCUCUAAUUCCCUAUCCCUCCCCACCUCUUGUCUGCCGCUCUCUCUCUCUGUCCCUCACGAGUCACAACUCACCUCACCGCUCUCUCUGUCUCUCGCUGCGGAACCUCAAACCCUCACCUGUCGUGGCGCAGUCCCUUCCCUAAGCCAGCUCCCACCACCCAAAAAUAAUAGAUGCCAUCUCUCCAUCCCCACUGUCCCUGCAAGCAGCAAUUUCAGAUCCACCACGAUUUAGAUCCAAUGCACAUCUGGGCGCUCCUCAGGGCUCAGCAUGGAAACAUACUGGGGUGGGCAUCUCGGCGGCGGGGGGAUCGUCAAGGAACGAAGGCGGGAUCUGCAGGAGUGACGACGGGAUCCGGGGCGACAUGCUUGGCCUAACGAGCCCCUGCAUGCUUCCCCUGCCUUGUCUUUCGCCAUUGCUUCCUCUUCUCAAAAUGGGUGAGCGGCGGACUUGGCGAGCCGGACUUUGGGAGAAGGUGAACUCGGCGGUGGAGGGAGCUCAGUGCGGCAUCAACGACGGAGUGCUCGACCUAGCUCUGAGCGACGAACUGCUUGCAGAGAGCGGACCGGCGGCGUGUUCUCCCCUGCAGAGAGAGAUGGAGAGGUAGAAAAUUGAAGAGAGAGUAAAUGAGAGAACUGGGAGAGAGAGAGAGAGAGAGAGAGAGGAAGGGGAAAAUGAGAGAGAUGGAGAGAUGGGUGGGUGGGACUUGGGUUGGGAAAUGGGAGGGAGGGAUUUCUCCAAUUCAACACAUAGUCCGCCAGGCUAAAGCAUUUUUCGGGGUUGGUCUUAAAACUGAACCGAAUCUGAAUAUAUUUUGGUUCGGACAAACCGAACCAAAAUAUAUUUCGGUUCGAAUUUGGUUGGAGUAUUGAUGAGUUUGGCAACUCGGCAUAUACUAGUUCGGUUUGGUUUGAACCGAACCGACCGAACGUCCACCCCUAAUCUCCAUAGCUCUCAUCUCCGCUUCUUCAAGAAUCCACAAAAAAAAAUUAUCGCUACUUCAAAAAUCCACACUAAAUCUGAGUCGAUGAGGCUGCACAUGUCUGGAUCUCACGACAUAAUGUGAAAAACAAGAAGGUAGACUGAAGGAAUGAAGAGAUGAAGAACCGUUCAAGUCAAAAGACAUCAACCCCUUUGACAACAAGACAAAGGAGUCUCUAGAACUAAGAAGUCAGACACCAGAGAACGGAGAAAUCAUCUCCAUGGGAGACAUUGAGGCAAAGAUCCACACAGAAAAUGUCAAAAGCAAUAUCAGAAGCAGGAAACAAAAGUAAUAAAAAUAAAUUUUGGUUGUCGCGGGUCACCAGAAGGUGAACCGACAUCUUCCUAAUGGAGAGAGGAAAGGAAACUGUUAGAGAGAAGUUGGAGGUUUCUAGUGGAUAGAGAGGGAAUAAAACAAAUUCCAGUUUAUUAUGCUGUCACGGUGCAUCAUGAUUAGAGAUGAUAAUUUUGCUCAAACUCAAAUGUAAGCUACAUGGGUUGAGUUUGAUAGGUUUAUGCUCAUACAGUCAUAUUCAUGAUUUAUUUGUGUGGGUUGAGUUUUUAGUCCAUGGAUUUGAGUUGGUACCCAUAACCAUAAAUAAUUUACAUUUUGGUAGCUAAACUUAAUAGAUAAUUAGAUUUCGUACCUAACUUUAAAAUUUAUUGCUUAUUAAUCUACAUUUGACAAAGUUAGACUAGUUUGAACUAAUGGCAACAUGUAGUACUUCCCUAGCUCUCAUAGCAAGUACAUUAGAUAUGCAUUUAUAGUUGACAUGACAUCAUGAUAUAGGUCGAAAAAGCUUCAUAGUGUCAGCUUGAGGUACCUUUGGUAUCAAUGUGAGGAUGGUUAUGCAUAUUUUUUUCCUCCCACUUUUUCCUCCUAAAAUAACAUUUUCCUCUAUCAUUUCCCUUCCCCUUAAAAUUUUCCUCCUAUCUUUAUUUCCCUUCCCCACUCCUGAAAUAAAGUGGUAGACUGGUAGUAGGGAUGACAAAAAUAUUCGUAACUGUGGAUAUCUGUCCGAAUCCGUCCGAAUCGGGUAGGGUAAAUCCGAACCCGAAUGAUAUUUAGUGGGUACGGAUAAAAUCCGAACUCGAAUAUUGUGUGUAAUGGGUGGGCAUGAGUUUCUCACUAUUCAACCCAAACCCGCCCGGUUAUACGAAUGCAUAUGUAUUUUUUCUAGAAAUAAUCAUUAUUUUUCUCUAACAUAUUUUAUAUUUAGCAUAUAAAUAUAACAUUUUCAU